AAAAUAUUUUCAUUAUGUCAAGCCUCCAUUUUUCCUUCAAGGUGCUUAAUUUAGUUGAUACGAGACCAAAAGCUGAUGAAUUGAAACAACAAUCUGAUAGUUUUAGAAAAAUUAAACAUUGUUCAAAAAAAUUUCUUUUUUUCACCAAAUAUGAUUUAAAUUGUCAAAAAUGUGCAGUGAAGGGGACGAAAUUGUUAAUGGAAGAGUCCCUCAUGAUUCUGAAGAAAAUGAAGAAAAUAAGAUGCCUGUAA